CGCAUGCGCUCUUGAGAAAAGCGUGUGUCAAACGUGAGUGAAACAGAGCUGCAGUUUAUCCAAACGCAGAUAGACAGUCAGGCACAGAACGAUGGCUGAAGAACAAGAAAUGUCUCCACUGGAAAAGAAGGUGGCUGAACAGAUAGAGUAUUAUUUCGGAGACCACAAUCUCCCUCGAGACAAGUUUCUAAAGGAGCAGAUACAGCUGGAUGAUGGCUGGGUUACUCUGGAGACGAUGCUCAAGUUUAACAGGCUAAAAAGUUUGACCUUGGACGCUGCAGUUAUUGUCGAGUCUCUUCAGAAAUCAAAAACGGGGCUGUUGGAGGUCAGCGAGGAUCGAACCAAGAUCAGACGGAGCCCGAGCAAACCUCUGCCCGAGUACAACGAAGAGUACAAAGAUGCCCUCAAACACAAAUCUGUAUACAUGAAAGGCUUUCCUUUGAACACGACGCUGGAUGAAAUUAAAGACUGGCUCGCUGAUAAAGGACACGUGGAGAACAUUCACAUGAGGAAAGGUCCACAGAAAACUUUCAAAGGCUCCAUCUUUGCAGUCUUGGAGUCGGAGGACGCAGCAAAGGCCUUCGUCGCAAGAGACGAUGUCAAACAGUUCAAAGGAAAUGACAUGAUUGUUCUGGUCAAAGAUGACUACUUUGCGAAGAAAGCAGAGGAGAGGAAGCAGGGUCGCGCUGAAGCCAAGGCCAAAGCCAGGAGUGAAAAAGAGGAGAAGCAGAAGCAGGCUGAGAAGGAGGAGAUGAAAUCUCUGGAAGAGCAGAGAGGCUGUGUGCUGAAGUUUUCCGGUGAGCUGGAUAACGUUUCUCGAGAGGAUUUCCACGGUAUCUUUGCCGAGCACGCUCAGAUCAAAUGGAUCGACUUCGCCAGAGGAGCUACAGAGGGCACCAUCCUGUUCCGCUCAGAUGCGAAGGCGGCCCUGCAGAAGGCUCAGGAAGCAGCCGGGGGCUCCGAGCUGAAGAUUAAAGAUAAAGUGGUGCAGUGGGAGGUGCUUGAGGGAGACGUCGAGCUGGAGACUCUAAAGAAGAUCAUCGAGAACCAGCAGGAAUCACUCAACAAACGCAAAGGAGGAAAAGGAGGGCACAGGGGUCGCGGCAGAGGGCGGGGUGGCCGUAAGGACCGAGGAGGACGAGAGCAGACGCAGUUCCAGGGCAAGAAGACUAAAUUCGACAGUGAUGACGAAGGCGGUGACGGCGGAGACGCAGAACCCCCGGCACCGAAGAAGCGAGCCCUCGAGUCCAACGGCACAGACGCUGACGCUCCGGCCUCCAAGCAGGCGAAAGAGGAGAACGGCUCUUAAACACAGAGCUGCGACGCAACUUCCUCUGUGUGUCCUGUAAAUAUUCCCCACAGUUACAAUCCGAUAUCUGAAAAAAAUGUCCACCGUUCCUGCUCACCUGCAGCUUCCUGUCUUUACGCAGAACUCGUACUGGACCGAGCUGUCGGCUGAACAGCGUUAUUUUGGGUUUAACAUUUCUCAAGGCGCAAUACUGCGAAAUGUGCUUUGAUAUUGAAUGAAUGAAGUUUGAAAAGGGAAACUGGCACAAGUCACUGGUCCAGGAUUUCAGUCAGCCAAUCGCAAACGUGAUCACAUGACCUCGUGAACAUUUCACCAGCUUAAAAAUAAAGCAAAGGAAUUUCAGCGAAUAAUAUUAAGUCAGUAAAAACGUGUCUUCGACAUAAAUUUAGGAAGGGGUUCCUCCCUUUAUAUAACUUCGGUCAUCAGGGACCGAAUGGAAUGUGUGUUCAACAAACCAGUUCAGUCGGAAAUAACUAAACUGUCACUUGCGUGACAAUGGUCAUGUGCUUGAAACAAAACAAUCUACAGGAAAUAUUUAAUCGAAGGGGAAAAGGGCGUAAAUGAAUGUUACGAGGAGAAACCUUACAUGUGGUUCACACACACAAACUUCGGAUACAUUAUAAUAGUUUGGUGAAGGUUGCUGGUUCUGUUGAGGGAAUGUUAGCCUUAAUGCUAAUUAUCAGUUUAUCAUCAAUUCACUUGCUAUUUAUGUUCAAGACCACAUCAAGAAUGGCUGGCUGUCAGGGGCUUGUGCUAUUUUUUUAUUAUUAUUAUUAUUCCUCUCCUCCCCCCUCAGACGUCAUGAACUAGCUCUGUAUAAGCAUAAAGCCCGAACGUUAUAACUUCCUGUCCGUGUCUCAUCGUAGUACGUCUGCAGGUGUUGGUUUUUUUUUCUUUUAAACUAUUAUUAUUUUGUACGGAAGCCGCGAGAGGCCCUUCAUAUAAUCCUUUUUUUUUUUAUUCACCUUGUUAUCCCGAGAUAACGACAUAAUUCAGGAUCUCGAGAAAACAACGCAACUAAUUCGAGAUCUCGAGAAAACAAAACCGUUAUUCUGAGAACGACAUAAUUAAUUCAGGAGCUCAAGUAAACAACACAACUAAUUCGAGAUCUCGAGAAAACAAAACCGUUAUUCCGAGAUAACGACGUAAUUAAUUCAGGAUCUCGAGAAAACAACACAACUAAUUUGAGAUCUCGAGAAAACAAAACCGUUAUUCCGAGAUAACGACAUAAUUAAUUCAGGAUCUCGAGAAAACAACACAACUAAUUCGAGAUCUCGAGAAAACAAAACCGUUAUUCCGAGAACAACAUAAUUAAUUCAGGAGCUCGAGUAAACAACACAACUAAUUCGAGAUCUCGAGAAAACAGAACCGUUAUUCCGAGAUAACGACGUAAUUAAUUCAGGAUCUCGAGAAAACAACACAACUAAUUCGAGAUCUCGAGAAAACAAAACCGUUAUUCCGAGAUAACGACAUAAUUAAUUCAGGAUCUCGAGUAAACAACACAACUAAUUCGAGAUUUCGAGAAAACAAAACCGUUAUUUUGAGAUCUCGAGAAAGCAAAACAAUUAUUUCAUGAUCUCGAGUAAACAGCUGAGAAAUGGUUCAUUCAGGUGCACCAAGAGACUUGUGAUAUGCUGACUUUGGGGCUAUUUCUCAUUCUGUAUAGACGCAACUUUGGUCAUUAGAAUGUCUGGAAUAAUCGAUCACCUAAUAAGGCAAUAUUUUGAUCAGGGGUUGACACAGGGAGAGAUUGCAUUAAGUCUUUUAAUAAGGGAUCAUUUCAAAAUUAGUCCGCGGCACCUCCGCAGAAGACUGGCCCGGCUUCGUCUCUACCGACAGAGAUGCAGUGAUCCAGCUGAGAUCAUGAAAUAAUUUUGUUUUCUCGAGAUCUCGAAUUAGUUGUGUUGUUUUCUUGAGAUCCUGAAUUAAUUAUGUCGUUAUCUCGGGAUAACAAGGUGAAUAAAAAAAAGAUUAUAUGAAGGGCCUCUCGCGGCUUCCGUAAUUUUGAGUGGUGUUUUAGAUUUAUUUAUUUAUUUUCCUAUGCAUUUCUAAUUAAACCAAAGGUAGUUAAUGUGAUCAGGUUUGCGAUUGGCCGACGUAUUAAGCCCCGCCCUUGUUGACCCUCAGCAAAAUCAGGGCGACGAGGCGUGGGUUUGGAUUUCAUUGUCAUCAACUUCAUCACUGUUCAUAAUCUCACAUGAAUGCGUUUAGAAAACGGCCACCAUUUCCUGUUGCUGAUCUCCCAAAGCUUCCCGUUUGCCCAUAAUGAGGCAGACGACUGAGUGGAACAGUGUCCCAGUCAAACUUAGUUUUGUAAUACGUCAUGUAAGCAAUGAUCAGGAUGGAUGGAUGGUUCAUGUUCCUCAAGAAGGGAAGCAUUCGGACCUUCAUGGACUCUGCUGACUGACCUCAGGACAGGUUUCGGGUCGAUGUUCUGUUCCCUUCAGCUGUGACUCGAUAUAGAAACGCGUGUCCUGACUCUUCCUUGGAUUUCAGUCUCGGUUUUGCUGGAUAUAUUUUCUCAUCAUUAUGAUCACAGAAAUCAGAAUCUGUUGUUAAAAUCGUGUCUAAAGCCGAACAUUAUCUUAUUAUAAGGUUUUUAUUUUCCUUUUGUUAAGCAGACCAGAAUGAAUAAUUUCUUUUUAAUGUCAUUUUGUUCUGACGAGCAUUGAGCUAUGACGUGCCAUUUUUAAUUCACUUUUUUUUCCUUUAUACUAACCCUGAAGAUUUCACCAAGAGGCACUCUGACAUUCUUUACUACUUUAUUUUUCAUGUAUGAUGUGUUUCUCAUUUCAUAUUUUGAAUUUGAAUAAAAAUAGGGAAAAAAUAAAA